AUGGCCAAAGCCCAUGCACCUGGAAGCACUACCUUUAGGUGUCCGUUUAAAAGAUGUUGUAAUAACAUUUUUCUACCAAUAACUCAAGUAGAAGAUCAUCUAUUCACGAUAGGUAUUGAUCCAAGUUAUACACAUUGGAUAUUUCAUGGAGAGGGUGAAAGUUGGAUUGCUAAUUCGUCAGACAGUGAUGAGAAUACAUAUAAUGAAAGUCAGAAUAAUGUUGAUGAUAUGGAUGAGAUGAUAGAGGACAUUCGCGCUGGUGCAUUCAUGGAACAUGAUUCUUUCGAACAGGGUACUACCUCACAACCCACCAUGAGUGAAAGGCAAUCGAAAAAUUUUGAACAAUUGUUAGAUGAUAUCAGAUGUCCACUUUAUCCCGGUUGUGAAAAAUUCUCUAAGCUUUCAUUUAGAGUUAAGCUACUCCAUAUCAAAACUAUUGGUGGCUGGACUAUCAAGUCAUUUAACAUGGUUUUACAGUUGUUAAAAUCAGCUUUCCCAGAUAUUCAGUUGCCAAACUCAUAUCACGAGGCUCGAUGCUUAGAGCAUGGGCUAGGUUUUAGUUAUGUGAAGAUAGACGCAUGUCCAAAUGACUGCAUGCUUUUUUGGAAAGAUGAUGCUGACAUAGAAACUUGUUCUAAAUGCAACGAGUCAAGGUGGGUGUCAAGUAGAAGAAAAAAGGGGAAGAUUCCCCAAAAGGUAUGCCGGUACUUUCCUUUGAAACCUCGGUUACAAAGAUUGUUUAUGUUAAAGAAUAUUGCAAAAUCUAUGAGAUGGCAUAAAGAAGAACGAGUUGAUGACCAUAGUACGUUAAGGCAUCCUGCUGAUUCUAAGAUGUGGAGACAAUUUGAUAAGGACUAUAGAUGGUUUGCAGAAGAUGCUCGGAAUGUAAGACUGGGUCUAGCAGUGAUGGGUUCAAUCCAUUCAAUAAUAUGA